AUGGCAUCUGUCCCCGUCCUGCAGAAGGAGAGCGUGUUCCAGUUGGGAGCUCACGCCUACAGAAUCCCUGCCCUGCUCUACCUGCCCGGGCAGCAGACCCUGCUGGCCUUCGCAGAACAGCGGGCAAGCAAGAAGGAUGAGGACGCGGAGGUGAUUGUCCUGCGCAGAGGAGGCUAUGACACGUCCACCCAGCAGGUUCAGUGGCAAGCUCAGGAGGUGGUGGCCCAGGCCCAGCUGCGUGGCCACCGGUCCAUGAACCCAUGUCCCUUGUGUGAUGAGCCCACGGGGACCCUCUUCCUCUUCUUCAUUGCCAUCCCUGGGCAAGUCUCAGAGCAACACCAGCUGCAGACCAGGGCCAAUGUCACGCGGCUGUGCCAAGUCACCAGCACUGACCAUGGGAGGACCUGGAGCUCCCCCAGAGACCUCACUGACGCGGCCAUCGGCCCAGCCUACCAAGAGUGGGCCACCUUUGCAGUGGGCCCGGGACACUGUUUGCAGCUGCGCGACAGGGCCCGGAGCCUGGUGGUGCCCGCCUAUGCCUAUCGGAACCUUGACUCCAUCCAAAGGCCAAGCCCCUCUGCCUUCUGCUUCCUCAGCCGUGACCAUGGACACACAUGGCAGCGAGGGCACUUUGUGGCCCAGGACACCCUGGAGUGCCAGGUGGCCGAAGUUGGGGCUGGGGAGCAGAGGAUAGUGACCCUCAGUGCGAGAAGCCACCUCCGAGCCAGGGUCCAGGCCCAGAGCACCAAUGAUGGGCUUGAUUUCCAGGAGUCUCAGCUGGUGAAGAAGCUGGUGGAGCCGCCCCAGGGCUGCCAGGGGAGCAUCAUCAGCUUCCCCAGUCCCCGCUCGGGGCCUGGCUCCCCAGCCCAGUGGCUGCUCUACACUCACCCCACACACUCCUGGCAGAGGACCAACCUGGGCGCCUACCUCAACCCUCGGCCUCCAGCCCCCGAGGCCUGGUCAGAGCCGGUACUGCUGGCCAAGGGCAGCUGUGCCUACUCAGACCUCCAGAGCAUGGGCACUGGCCCCGACGGGUCCCCCUUGUUUGGGUGUCUGUACGAAGCCAAUGAUUACAAGGAGAUCGUCUUUCUCAUGUUCACCCUGAAGCAAGCCUUCCCAACUGAGUACCUGCCGCAGUGAGCCUGCCGUGCCCACCCCAAGGGCCUCCCUUUCCCUCACACCUGCCUCGGAGGCUCUGUGGCUGCCUCUCCUUCCUGUGGCCCCUGGACGUGGGGGCCACUCUUGGCUCCCUUCGCUGGCGGUGUUUGGAGGGGUCCGCCUGUUGCUCCUUUGCUUCUGCAUGGUUCCAGUCUUCCCAAAAGGUUCUAUUUUCAGCCCAGAAACCAAAAGUGCCUGAGUUCCUGUUGCCCAUCCAGAGGGAAGGCGUGGAGGGCCCUGCAGGUCAAC